AUGCUGCAGUUCGUCAGUAACCAGGCCGGCGACUUUCCCGACCUCUUCUCGGAUCCCCUGUGCGGCCCGUUCCAGGGCGGCGGCGGCGCGGGGGCCCUGGAGGCGCCGCUGCAGAGGCCCUACGGCCAGGCGCCGCCGCAGCCCUUCCCGCCGCCCGCCGCCUCGCCGCAGCUGCAGGCCGGCCCCGGGAAGGCGGCGGCGGCGACGGCCCCGGCGCGCGCGGCGCCGCUCCUGCAGCCCCGGCCCCAGCCCCAGCUCCCGCAGCAGGCUGUCGUCAUCGCGCCCACCGCCUUCAGCUCGGCACCCCAGACCAGGAUUAUCCAGCAGCCCGUCAUCUACCAGAACGCGGCCACRAGCUUCCAAGUCCUUCAGCCCCAAGUUCAGAGCCUGGUGACGUCCUCCCAGGUUCAGCCGGUCACCAUCCAGCAGCAAGUGCAGACUGUGCAGGCCCAGAGAGUGCUAACGCAGGCUGCCAAUGGCACCAUCCAGACGUUGGCACCAGCCACGGUUCAGACAGUCGCUGCGCCGCAGGUCCAGCAAGUUCCAGUUCUGGUCCAGCCUCAGAUCAUAAAGACAGACUCCCUUGUGUUGACGACUCUGAAGGCGGAUGGUAGCCCCGUUAUGGCUGCUGUUCAGAACCCAGCGCUCACAGCGCUCACUGCUCCCAUUCAGACCACAGCUCUCCAGACCCUAGUUGGGAGCAACGGGACCAUUUUGACCACGAUGCCAGUGAUGAUGGGACAAGAAAAGGUGCCUAUCAAGCAAGUUCCUGGGGGUGUCAAACAACCAGAGCCACCUAARGAAGGAGAGAGGAGGACAACGCACAACAUCAUUGAAAAGCGUUACCGGUCAUCUAUAAAUGACAAGAUCAUUGAGCUGAAGGACCUCGUCAUGGGGACAGAUGCCAAGAUGCACAAAUCUGGAGUCCUGAGAAAAGCCAUUGAUUACAUUAAAUACCUACAGCAGGCCAACCAUAAACUGAGGCAGGAGAACAUGGUUCUGAAGUUGGCUAACCAGAAAAACAAGCUGUUGAAGGGCAUUGACCUAAGCAGCCUGGUUGACAAUGAUGCAGACCUGAAGAUAGAUGACUUCAACCAGAACGUUCUACUGAUGUCUCCCCCAGCCUCCGACUCGGGAUCCCAGGCUGGCUUUUCUCCCUAUUCCAUUGAUUCAGAGCCAGGAAGUCCUCUGCUUGAUGAUGCAAAGGUUAAAGAUGAACCUGACUCUCCGCCUGUGGCACUUGGUAUGGUAGAUCGCUCUCGAAUCCUUCUGUGUGCUCUCACAUUCCUUUGCCUCUCCUUCAAUCCUCUGACAUCCCUCCUGGACGCCCGAGGAGCCUCYGAGUCCGACAGCCUUGUGCGCCACGGCUCUGGCAGGAACGUGCUGACCAUCGAGUCAGAUGCAGGUGGCUGGUUUGGCUGGAUGAUGCCCACGCUGAUUCUGUGGCUAGUGAAUGGAGUGAUUGUCCUGAGCGUGUUUGUAAAGCUCCUUGUGCAUGGAGAGCCAGUGACGCGGUUGCACUCGAGGUCGUCGGUGACGUUCUGGAGGCACCGCAAGCAAGCCGACCUGGAUCUGGCACGGGGGGAUUUUGCUGCAGCUGCCUCAAACCUGCAGACUUGCCUCUCGGUGCUGGGCCGGGCGCUGCCAGCUUCCCGCCUGGACUUGGCCUGCAGUCUGUCCUGGAACGUGAUCCGCUAYAGCCUGCAGAAGCUGGCGCUGGUGCGCUGGCUGCUGAAGAGGACUUCCCACCAGUGGCGGGCAAGAGAAGCCGCUGCAGGCUUUGAGGAUGAGGCCAAGACCAGUGCUCGGGAUGCAGCUCUGGCAUAUCACAAACUCCAUCAGCUCCACAUAACGGGCAAACUGCCCUCCAGCUCGGCUUACUCAGGGUUGCACAUGGCCCUGUGUGCUGUGAACCUGGCUGAGUGUGCAGAGGAGAAGAUCCCGCCCAGCACGAUGGCAGAAAUCCACCUGACGGCUGCGGUUGGCCUGAAAACCCGCUGUGGGGGCAAGCUGGGCUUCCUGGCGAGUUACUUUUUAAGCCAAGCUCAAAGCCUGUGUAGCUCGGAGCGGAGUGCCAUUCCUGACUCKUUGCGUUGGCUGUGUCACCCACUGGGACAGAAAUUUUUUGUGGAACGGAGCUGGACAGUAAAAUCUGCUGCAAAGGAGAGUCUGUACUGCACCCAAAGGAAUCCUGCGGAUCCCAUUGCACAGGUUCAUCAAGCGUUUUGUGAGAACCUACUGGAGAGAGCUGUGGAUUCGCUUGUGAAACCUCAGACUGGGAAAGCAGUAGUUGGACAAGAGGAGGAGGAACCAUGCGAAUUCUCCGGGGCAAUGGAAUAUCUGAAGUUGCUCAACUCUUUCUUGGACUCAAUGGGAAGUGGGGCUCCACCCUUUGCCAGCAAUUCUGUACUCAAGUCAGCACUGGGCCCGGACGUGGUGUGCAGAUGGUGGUCGGCAGCMGUGGCCAUGGCCAUCGCUUGGCUCAGAGGGGACGACGCGGCUGCGAGGUUGCAUUUCGCCGAAGUGGAGCGCAUGCCGAAGGCCCUGGAGAUGUCCGAGAACGCCCUUGUGAGAGCCACCUUCUACGUGUGCAAAGCCAUGCAGGCCUCGCUGCCCGGCAAGGCGGACGGGCAGCAGAGCGCCCUGGGGCACUGCGAGAGGGCCAGCAGCCACCUCUGGAACAGCCUUAACAUGAGCAGCGGGGUCUCCAGCGCCGUCCUCAGCAGCAUGAUGCAGCUGCUGGCCUGCGACUUGCUGCUCUCCCUCCGCACCAGCCUGUGGCAGAAGCAGGCGAGCAGCAGCCAGGCCUUGGGCGAGACCUACCACGCGUCGGCCUCGGAGCUCACGGGCUUCCAGCGGGACCUGGGCAGCUUGCGCAAGCUGGCGCACGGCUUCCGGCCGGCCUACCGCAAGGUUUUCCUCCACGAGGCCACCGUGCGCCUGAUGGCGGGUGCCAGCCCUACACGCACCCACCAGCUGCUGGAGCACAGCCUGAGGCGGCGCACGGCGCAGAGCAGCAAGCAAGGUGAAGUGGACACGCUGCCAGGCCAGAGGGAGCGAGCCACAGCCAUCCUGCUGGCCUGCCGCCACCUGCCCCUCUCRUUCCUGUCCUCGCCCGGCCAGCAGGCCGUGCUGCUGGCGGAGGCCGCGCGCACGCUCGAGAAGGUCGGGGACAAGCGCUCGUGCAACGACUGCCAGCAGCUCAUCGUCAAGCUGAGCGGCGGCACGGCCCUCGCGGCCUCCUAACGCCCCGGGCCGGGCCCUGCUGCGCGGAGGCGGCCCCGUGAAGCGGCGGCCUGGACUUGCCCUCUUGAGGUUAAAACGACGACAGAAAAAGAGAAAAUCCAAAAAAAAAAAGGAGAGAAAAGAAGAAAAAAAAAGCGGUAGCUAGGUCGGUGCCACUGGGAUCGCUGUGGGGUGGGAGAGGGAGGGAGGGGRUUUUAACUUGUCCCAGGUUUAGCUUUAUCAGCCCGCUGGCUUGCUCUCAGGCACCGCAACAGGAGUCGGCCUGGCCGUCAUCCUGUGGCUCUGUGGGGCUGGGAGAAAGCCCCGCUCCAUGGGGCCCUGCUGGGAUGAGCACCUACAAAGCUAGGGGACAGGAAGGUGGCACACCCUAGUGUGUCCUCAGGGGCAUCACCUUCCCUUCCCAGUGCCCCUGCAGAUAGGAACCUCCCRGGAGGGCAGAGGAUGUGCUCAGGCCUUGUCCUGAAGCAUUCCUGGGGUCCGAGGCCCUUCUCAGCCUGCAGGCUGCCCCCAGAGAGGGAAGGCACCGGUGCUGUGUGCAGCAGGAGGCUUCACCGAAGCCCUCUAGAUCCUGCUUCUACAGAGGUGCUCUGGGGGUAUCACUUGGGGGCCAGUCCUGCCUGGCAGAUUUCUCUACGGUUUUUAUACAGUUUUUUUUAUAGGAAUGUUUGUGGCUUUACACAAGGUAGGGAGCAGUGCAGCAGAUUCCUCUUCCUCUCCACUUCAUGCAUCUCCUUUGUGUGACCAGAGCUGCCUCCUGUCAUUUCGGAUGGGGGCCAAGUUWGGAGCAGUCUACAGGCAGGGUGCAAGUACGGGGCUGUUGGUCUUAAAAAGCCUGUCAGGCUCUGGUCGUUUGGUGCUGGAUGGUGGCAGAGGUGGACGUGCAGAGCCUGCACUUGUAUGAAGGGGGAAGACUUUGUGGUGCCUUUCUGUUGGUGCAGAUUGAAACUUCUUUUUAGAAACUUCUUUUUUUUUUUUUUUCCCUUAUAUUCUGAGCCCCAGAACUUACCAUCAUGUCCUUUUGCCUGUCUUUCCCAAGUGCUUGACAGCUCUCUCUCACACACACAUACAGCAGGCUGACUACCUGCAGGGCCUGGCAGGCACUGACUCAGGGCACAGAUCUCCCCGCUCCGUGACCAGGCUGCUCCCUGGAGAACAGCCUGGAUCCCAGGGUUGAAUCAUGGAACUUUGAAAGGGAGGGAGGAUUGGAGCCAGGGAGGGAAUGCUCUUGCCUUUCCAGUUGUACUUGGCCAAAGAUGUGCAAAGCAGUUGUACUCUCAGACAUGUGAGUAGGGAAACCAGCCUUUGGUGGGUGCACGUUGCCUCUUCUCCCCAUGCAUAACCUGCCUGUGCUCCACGUGGGUAACUAGAAGCCCACAGGUGCUGGCAGCAGCCUGCUCCUUCCCUGUCCUGAGCAGGCAAAUGCAGUGUGAUGCCUCCCUGCAAAUGAGAACUCUGGCUAUUUUUGCAAGAUACUUCUGUAUUUAUCCAGUUUUUACAGAGGGUUAUGAGAGCUUGAGCUGCUUUAAAAAAGCAGAGGGGGAAGAAGAUGGGCUUGGGUCUCCCUUUUGAUGUCUUGGGAGAGUGAUUGCAUGUGCUGCAGUAGUUGAGCACAUGUAGUACUGGGCAUAGAGUUGCCUCAGUUCAAYGAGAUGAAAUGGCCAGGAGAAAUGUGACUCCCAGCAAAGCCUGUUUGCAGCGAACCUGUGCUAUAGCUAGGAACAAAUCAUGAGGACCAGAGUGCUUCUUCUCACUGUUACUUGGGGACUCGCUGGUGGAUUCCCAGCCAAUGAUCACCGGUGGCCUGGGCUUCUCUGGCAGGCGUGGGGGUAGGAAUUGCCUGCUUCCCAGUGCCAGAAGUCCAAGGAAAGAUUUGAGGGAGGAUUGUGAUCUUAUGUAACUUAAAUCAGUGUAUGGGAUGAUCCGGUUCAGGUGACAGCAGCUACUUCUGCUUUGAGGGCAUGUUCCAAGCACAUGAAGUGCUGAUUGGCAUAAGAACAGCUCAUGUUUUUAAGGAGAGCUUUAAUUGUCCGCUACUGAGCUUCUUGGCUAUCAGUGAUCCUCUUUGUGGGGUGACUCAAAUACUACCUUUUUGCUGCUUGGCCUUUAAAGGUGAACAGGGCCCUGGGAGCUGGGCUGUAGGGAGUACCGGCUGGAAAAGGGCUUGGGAGGCUGUUGGGCUGCAACACCGGGAGCUAAUGGCAGGAUCCACUGAGGGUCUUGGCACUGCUGGCAUUUCUCUCCUCUCCAGGGCAAGGGGUCUUUGUCCUGUUCUUCUACACUGUUCAUAAAUUUGCUGUCCAUCUGUCCCUACAGUUUUUUAUAUACGUGUAUAUACUGUAACUUUUUUUGUUUGAGGGUGGGAGGAAAUUGUUUUAUGGAUUAUGUGAAGAAAGUCUAUUUAUCCAAAUGGAAUGAAAGGUAGGAACGCUUUGUGAUAAAAGGUGCAACWGGUGGUGGGAGAGUUCCCAGGGGAACAUAUCUGCCAUCUGAAAACCCUGUUCCAGGGCUCGUGAGCAUGUGUUACCUAAUAAAGGUGACUGUUACCAC